UGUUUGUCCCGAAAGUCUGAGAGGUCUACACGUUUGUUGCAACAGUGUGAUAUGGAAUCUAACUCCAAAAGAACGACUUCGCAGGAUUUACUGACAUGUGGCAGUGGUGCAGGUCUCAAAGAUAAACUGCUAUUGAAGCCUGCUACAGCCAAAACAUUACAGACUGAAAGAAUCCCUCAGAGCAGUGUUCUCAGCCGGCUGCAGAGUUUCCUUCCACAAAUGGCGGAGGCCAACGAGAGACUAAAGCAGCAGAUUGCAGAAUGUCCCAACGGACAGUUUGACAUAGAGUGUGUUGAAGAUGCAAAGAGGGUAAUUGAGAUGGAUGUAGCAUUGGUGGAGCUGAGUGGAUCAGAAAGUGACUAUGAAGAUUCAACAGAGUCUUCUGAGGAUGAGAGCAGCAUCACAGAGCAGAACCUAAAGCUGCCUGGACACAAAAGGUCGAAGAACAAACCUAGCAUCCAGGUCGUGGACCUAGAGAACAAGUAGAACGAGCAGGACCUAUUUUUUAAAAAGACAAUUUAGAGAAAACGUCCCAUCUACCACAACUUGAGGAUUUAAAGUCCAACUUGAAUGUGCUGGAACAACUCAUUUUGUUUUUUCCUAUUUGUUGUCACUAUGCUGUCUAAUAAGAUUUGAAAGAUGACAGGAACUAUAAUCUGUUUUGUAAAUAAUAAAGCUUAAAUACUUGUUUACUGCAUGUUUCCACAGCAUGAUGUU